GAAAAGUUUGAUCUCAACUCAGAUAUGGACCAACCCCUGAGUCACUACUUCAUCAAUUCAAGUCAUAACACAUAUCUUACUGGCCAUCAGUUGACCGGCAAGUCAUCGGUGGAGGUGUACAGACAAUGCCUUCUGGCCGGCUGUCGGUGUAUUGAACUCGACUGUUGGAACGGCAAGAACUCCGAUGAAGAACCCAUUAUCACUCAUGGCUUUACUGUCGUCACCGAUAUUCCAUUGAAAGAGGUGUUGGACGCCAUCAAUGAAAGUGCAUUUAAGACGUCCUAUUAUCCGGUGAUCCUGUCCUUCGAGAACCACUGCUCUCCGAAACAACAGAUAAAAAUGGCGGCCUAUUGUCGAAAAAUCUUCGGCGACGCCCUCCUCACUGAGCCUUUGGGCACACAUUCCCUCAAACCCGGACAACAACUUCCUUCACCCAACCAUCUGUUGAAACGAAUCAUUAUUAAGAAUAAGAAGAAACAUCACAUCCGGACGCGGAAAGGAAUGGCUCAACAAAUGGCUGCAGAGGAACUGCAACAGCAGAUGGAAGCCAAUGCCACCGCUGCUGCCAUUCCGUCGACACCGGAACGCCGUCCCACUCUUGUGACCAGUAAUAGUGAUGAGAGCAGUCAUCUCGACAAUGAGGACAGCUUUCAUCUGAAUGGCAACGAAGAGAUCAGUCCUAAUGCGGCCAAAAGCGUCAGCUGUGAUAUCGAUGAACUCGACUCCGACUCAAGUCUUGAAGAGGAUGAGGCGCCGCCUCCUGAGGAGGUGAUCGAAGUUCAGGGAACCGCCAGCAAAGAGUCCGAAGCCGGCGCUGAAAUGUCUGCCUUAGUUAUAUACGUACAGCCCGUGCGCUUCCAUUCCUUUGAAUACUCGGACAAACGGAACCGAAGUUUCGAAGUCUCGUCUUUUGUCGAAACUCAGGCCACGAAUCUAUUGAAGGAAAGACCGGUUGAGUUCGUUAAUUUCAACAAAAGACAAUUGAGUCGAAUAUACCCUCGAGGCACACGAGUUGACUCAAGUAAUUAUAUGCCACAAGUCUUCUGGAACGCCGGCUGUCAGAUGGUUGCCCUCAACUUCCAGACAUUGGACUUAGGAAUGCAACUAAAUUUGGGAAUUUUUGAAUACAACGGCAGAAAUGGGUAUCUCUUGAAACCAGAUUUCAUGCGAAGACAUGACCGCAAAUUUGAUCCGUUCACGGAAUCCACUGUCGAUGGAAUUAUUGCCGGAACCGUUACCAUCAAAAUAAUUUCGGGACAAUUCUUGUCGGACAAAAGGGUCGGCACUUUCGUUGAGGUCGAUAUGUAUGGACUGCCGGCCGAUACAGUGCGCAGACGGCGAACGAAAACAAUUCCGGCGAACGGCAUAAACCCGGUCUAUGAUGAGGAGCCGUUUGUCUUCAAGAAAGUAGUUCUUCCAGAACUGGCGUGUCUUAGGAUCGCAGCAUUCGAGGAGAACAACCGCUUCAUUGGCACCAGAAUUCUUCCAGUCGUAGGCUUACGGCCCGGUUAUCGACACAUCUCUCUGCGCAAUGAAUCGGGUCAACCCCUGUCGAUGCCCACCCUUUUCGUUCACAUUACAGUCAAAGACUACGUUCCCGACGGACUCUCGGAGUUGGCCGACGCGUUGGCCAAUCCUAUUGCCUACCAAUCAAUGGUCGAAAAGCAUGCAAAACAGUUGUUAGCGCUGACUGAUGAACUGGAUGACAUGUCUAUCACCAGCACUAAGAGUGACACUUCGUGUAAAGUCACUGUAAACGUGUCGCCCGAACACCAAAUGCUUUCACGAAAAUACACUUCAGAUGAAGAGAAGAAUCCAAUAAACAAGUCAUCCGUGUCUGCAGUGAAGGAGUCGACCGACUCGUGUGCGAUCGCACCGUCUAAUAGAGGCGACACAGCGAAUGGCAGUUUCCAAAAGACAAUGACUGCCGUCUCCAACACAUCCUCACCGGUGCACAGAGGGUACACAUCUUCCUCAUCACCGCUCGUACGACACGAUACACUUAAUAAACGUCUCAAUCAAUCCAUACGCAGUCUUUCAGAUGAAGGCGCUCUUGAAAAGUCUUCAUCACUACUUGAGUCAACGGAAGCCAAUAUAACCGCUGAAUCGUUAGAUAAAAUCAAAGAGCAUAAAGUGGUUCAGAAAGUGAUGACUAAAAUAGAAAGGGAUUUGAUGUCUGUUCGCAAGAAAUACGACAAACUUAGGGAAAAGAGACGAGAAGUGGUUCAACAGGAAGAGGAGAGACUAACUCAGGCUCAGGAGAAGCAGAAGACAGCGUGGGUUAAGUCACACUCGAAGCUGUCGAAGAAGUCAUCCUCAUCUGACGGGCCAUCAACUCGAAGGCAAAGUUUGCAGUUCCUCUCUAUGCCAUCCUAUAGGCACGUCAUGAAGAGACGCUCUGAAGUGGACCUCCAAAGUGUACUUAACGAACAUCAGACCAAAAUUGAAGAAUUGCACCGAACUUUCUCGCAAACUAUGCUAAACCUGAAUCAGGAACAGUUCAAAGCAGAACUCGAAUUAUACGAGAAAUAUCACGACCAGGUGUGCAAUGCCAUAGAGAAGGCGAUACACGUCUCGCAAUCGGCACAACUGCAACACCUGCAGGCCCUCCACGACCAGGAGGUGAACUCACUUAUGAAACGACUCGAGGCUCAAACCAAAGAUGAGUUGACAGCUCUAAGCAAGAAGCAUAAGGACAAGAAUGAAUUGGCGAGGAUUAAGAGGGAAUUACAACAGAAACUCAUCGAACAGGCCGUCGCCGAACGCCAGCGAUUCAGUUGUUUACUCGAAAAACGCAAAUCAGAACUCGAAGGCCGUCACGAAGAGGUCCGCAAGAAGUUUGAAGAGGAAAAGCAUUUGAUUCUUGAGAGGAGACGAACUGAAUGUGAGGAGAAGCGCCAGAAUUUGGUCAAACAGUUUGAGUUAAAUCCGACGCUAUUCACGUCAUCUCUGGCGACAACUUCUGGUUCUUUAGGACAUAAUAUUCAAUCCCACGACUCGUCGACGGCUUUGUGAUGACUCUUCAAUUCGUUCUCUCGGAACUGAUUUAUCAACUUUUAGAAUUUGUGGUGAAUUCGAGGACAAGUGAUCUCUUUCUUUCUCUCAGAGGACUAUUCAUUGAAUUCUAGUCCAUAUUUGCAUCGAUUGGUAAUGCAAUUGAAUUGUAAUUAAUACACAGACUUCAUCUUAGAUACGCUUAUCUAAACUCAAAAGGAGACAUACAUUUCCACUCCGACAUCAAUUACAGUUAAUUCAAGCAAAACAUCUCCAAUAAAUCGCACAUAUAAUUGCCAAUUGAAAUGCAUUCACA